AUGGAGUUAGACUGCAAAAUACAGCCAGAAUUACAACGAAAACCUGAACACUAUAUGGAUGAUGUAUCAGUAAUGAAUCCUUCCGUAACUGGUAUUAAAGAAUUAUCUGUUUGGAGUAAAGUUCAAUACUUUAAUAUUUAUUCUAACUAUUCUUCUGAUAUUUUACAUGAUGUUAAGCUCGGAGUGUUAAAAUAUGGAAUGGGCCAUAUUGUAUAUGAGUACAUUAUUAAAAGAAAAACAUUUUCACUUCGAACACUAAAUGAGCGUAUAGACUGUUUUAAUUAUAAAAGAAAUAAAUUCAGAAAUAAACCACCACUUAUUUCAGCGGAUGAAGUUAAGGAAAGAAAAAUAAAAAUGUCGGCUUCAGAGAUACAGACUUUCUUUACUUGCUUUGCUUUUUAUGUGGGUGAUCUUGUGCAGUAUGAUGAUUUAUGGAGUUAUUAUAUAAUUUUACGGAAGAUUGUAGAUCUCCAGAAUGCAAAAUGUCUCCAGAGGGGAGCAGUCAAACUUCUUGAAACAUUGACUACCGAACAUCAUAGACUAUAUCAAGAAAUAUUUGCAGAUACAUUAAAACCAAAAUUUCAUAAUAUCUUGCAUUAUUUUCAAAUCCUACUCAAAUCUGGCCCACUUCAUCAUUUAAACUGUCUACGAUAUGAAUCAAAAAAUCGAUUUUUAAAAUUAAUUGCCAGUGGCACCAGUUCAAGAAGAAAUAUUUUACAUACUAUGGCUGUAAAAGAACAGCUCAAUUUAUGCUAUAGGCUGAUGUGUAAGAAAGAUUUAGAAGAACAUGUUUUGAUGGGACCAGCAUCUCUUAUCAGUGAUAUAUCAUGUUUGGAUAAAUAUCAUUUAUUUUCACCCUCUUUACCUACAGAAUUUAAAUUUAGAAACGUUGAAGUAUCUUGGAUUGAAAAAACGGGAAUAAAAUACAGCACCAACAGUUGUGUAGUUCUUUCUCUUGACUUACAAUAUUUACCAGUAUUUGGAACUAUUAAUACUAUAAUCUGUAAUGAAAUUGGACAUGUGUGCUUUAUAUGUGAAGUAUGGCUUAAUAUAGGAUAUGAUGAACAACUUCACGCAUAUGAAGUAUUAAAGAGCGAAUCUUAUGUCUGCUGGCUAUUGUGCAAUUUACAUAGUCCAUUUCCAGCUAUUUUUCAUAAAAUGCCAAAUGGAGAAUAUUAUGUUGCUUUAAAAGCUUCCAUUUAG